AUGCCACCCCGCAAAUCGAAGAAAAAGCAGACGCGACUUACCUUUGCUGCAACAGCCGCUUCGCCUUCGGCUGAUGCAAGUCCGGAGCAAAGCAGCCGAUAUGCGACACUCACAUACGAUAACCCAAGCUUGGGCACAUACCGUCCUCCAAAGUCUCUCAAAAGCGAGUCGGGCACUUCACCCGAGAAGAAACGGCCGAAGCUCCCCACCAAGAUGAGGUCUAAUGACAAACCCGCGAACGAACUGUUUACAGAAGAUCAAUCGGGCAAUGAAUCCUUAGACGAACCUAUCAUUCCCGCCUCCCAGAAGAGAAAGCAAGCCGCGCCACCCGACAACCUCGACGUGGUAAUCCACAGCCCAAAAAAGCUCGAUGACCCCCAAGAUGCGAAGAAACCCCGCUCGCGAAAAUCACAGCGAUCCUUACAAUUCUCAAAGAAACUAACUGAGAACACAAAUGGUUCUGGUUCGGAGGAGCUAUCCCGGCCACGCCGAACACUCAAGCGCAAGGCCGCAAGCCCACCGAUUGACCCCAGCGACUCAGAUGAGCCGGUGGCCUCUUCGGUCGCCAAACGGCGCAGAUCUACCCGAGGUGGCCAUUCUUCAAGCUCACCUGUUCUACUCAGCGACGAUUCAAACGAGUCAGUGGCCCCGUCGACCGCCAAAAGGCGCAGGGUGGCAAGGCCAGCCGUAGUGCCCAAAAGUGAAGAUGAUGACUCGGACAAACCAUUAGCCUCCUCGCCAGUGAAGAGGCUCCGACGUGGACAGGAGAAAGAACCCCUCCAGGCUCCCCACACGCCUCGCCACAUCUCGAAACAGGCCAGACUUGAUAUCGAGGAGGAUUUGGAGGACCUCCAAGAUUCAGUUGUUAAGAAAAGUCGAACUCGCGGCCGGAAUGUCGAAUCUGCCCGAGACAAGAGAAUGAAGCACCUUGAAGCCCUCCGCCGCAGACGAGCUGGUGUGAAAGAUGAGGAAGAAGAAGAAGACGAGGAGGAAGAUGAUGAUGAAGACGAAGAGAUUUCAGAUGUGCAGGAGAUUAAACGACCUGGCAGCGACGCCAGUCCCUCUACUCGUGGUCUCUGGCGGCAUCACGACGAUGACAGCGACGUAGAAUCAACCAUCGACCCCAACGAGAAUCUUGAUCGGUACGAAGAUGACUUUGUCCUGGAAGACGAGGUGAACGAUCUCGGCGUGCCCACCGAGGAGAUCCCCUUCGAGUUCACCCGACAUGCAUACAAGCAGCCGAAGGAAUACUUCCGCGACGUCAUCGGCUGGAUGGUGCAAAAUAAACUGAACCCGGCCUUCCCUCGUUCUGACGACAUGUACAAGAUGGCAUUCAUGAAACUGGAAGAUGAAGUCAAAGGUCGGGCUGGUUCACAGCUGAUCUCCUCCGUUUGGAACCCCAGUUUCGUCUAUGCCCUCCAGGCCCGGCCACAUAUAGAAAUCGCUGCCUUCCCCACGGAGGAGAACCAUCCCUGCGAUGCUUGCAGGCGCUCUGGACAUCCCGCUUCUAGUGAUAUCAAGCUCUACGGGAAAGCGUAUUCCCUACAGACUCUGGAGCCACUGGAAGACGAAAAUGAGGACAGCGACAACAGUGAUGAGGAUUCUAAUAACAACGACGAUGGAAAGGAGCGGGACCGGGAUGGCCAUGUCAUUCCUCCGGAGAAUGUCCGAUAUUUCCUAGGAAAACAAUGCAAGGCGAGGGCCCAGCUCGCCCACACUCUCACCCAUUGGCGCUACCAUCUGAAUGAAUGGGUAAUCGACUUCCUCGACCGUACGGGCCACAUGGAUGACGACGAGAUCCUCCGACGAAAUGAUAUGAGCGUCAAGCGGAGGACGCGAAAUGCAAAUGAUGUCCUUGACAGCAUGACUGGAAGUGGUGAAGUCGAUAAGCUUUGGCGUGACUUCCACAUUAAUCUCAAGUCUGCUCGCGAGAAAGAGUCUAUCUACGGAUGA